UCAGCACGUAUUACUUUUAUGAAGAGGUUUCAAAAUACCAAAAUACAUAUAAGUUAUUUGGUUGAUUUUUCACAAACUUAGACCGAAAUCAAAUAUAGCGAAUAAUAGUAAAGUUUAGACCUCUAUUUGGCCGUGUAUCCGAUUGCUGCCGUCAUAGUUUCAAGUUGACGUGAAAGACAAACAUUAGCGAUCAAAAGAAUUUUAUUCAGAAAAUAUGAAAAUGCCCUAAAAAUGCUUUGAUAUCUUAUUAGUUCACCCUUUCAAAUUUCUAUCUAUUGUGCCUAUAUUUUUGAGAUUACUUACAACACAAGAUUUACUUCACAAUUGCAAAAUGAGUUUAGUGAGGAAAAAGUGCGAAUCAAUAUCGAUGCUUGAAACCAAUAAAGACGACGUAAUAGUGAGUGAAAUAACUCCUGAGGAUGUUCUGAGAUUAGACAGGAUUACUGACACAUACAUGUGUAGUCCUGAGGCGAACGUAUACGAUAUAGACUUCACGAGAUUCAAGAUACGUGAUUUGGAAAGUGGGACGGUGCUUUUUGAGAUUGCGAAGCCUCCAACGGACUUUGGAGUGGACAGUGAGGGCACCGACGAUGCUCCAGAGGAGCCGCUGGACCCUAACGCCGGGAGGUUCGUGCGCUACCAGUUCACGCCUCAAUUCUUGAAGCUAAAGACUGUAGGAGCCACGGUGGAGUUUACCGUUGGAGCUCGCCCUGUCAACCACUUCAGGAUGAUAGAGAAGCAUUUCUUCAGGGACACAUUGCUUAAGACCUUCGACUUUGAGUUUGGUUUCUGCAUACCGUUCUCAAGAAACACUUGCGAACACAUAUAUGAGUUCCCCACUUUGCCUCCUGAUCUAGUGGAUGAAAUGAUCACCGCACCAUUCGAGACGUGUUCCGACAGCUUUUACUUUGUCGACAACCGUUUGGUGAUGCACAACAAAGCAGAUUACGCUUACAAUGGCGGCAUCAACAAUUAAACACAUUUAUUGUUUACUACAAUUGGCACCAUGCAUCGUUUUCGUGAUUUAAUAUUUUAUGACACUGUUUGACACAUGUCAGUUUUCGAAAUUUGUGAGUAGAUCUCAGUUUGAGCUGUCAGAGAAAUAAAGGUAAAGACAAGUGAUGUUAUAGUAAAAGAUGAUAGUUGGAAAAUUAUCUUCCAAGCUAUUGAGGCAGUAAAAUAUUUUUGAAAUUGCUUAUUUUGAAAAAGGAAGAACCAGUAUGUGGCUAAGCCUAAUGGUGGAAGAUUGUAAAUACCUUUGAAUCUCAUCACAGAAUAGUUAACAAAUGGAGUUCAACUAGACACCGAGAUAUAGACAAUCUGAUUGGAUGUGCGCAUUAGCUAGAUGCUACUAGUUCCUCGAUCACCCACAACUAUAUUUUCUGCAGGAUACAAUGUUUAGUUAGUAUUCCAUUUGCUAACUAAUCUGUGUACAUUUGACAGCAUAACGUUCUUAAAUCACACUUAAAUACAUAAUAUUUGUGAUCUUAUUGAUUGUGAUUUUUACAACUAUACUUACUCAAGUAAUCAAUUUAAAUUAAUGUGAACUGAAUUUAAAUUAAGGGAGUGUUUUGUUUCAUGUUGUGUAAAGGUGUUGCACCUUUUCUAUUUUUAGUUUAUUACCGUUCAUUUUUAUCUUUUAUUAAGUUUUGAUAGAGGGGGAGUUUUUAAAAAGGGAAUCAGGGCAAGAUGUACGAAGGAAGGCAUUUAUAAAGUAUUUUUUAAGUAUUAUUUUACUUAUUUUAAUAAAAUUGAUCUCGAUAUUAACGGUAUUAUCUCAGUGAUGACAUUCCAAUUUAUUAUAUUUAAUUAGAAUAUGCCAUGUACUUAAUAAUGGUUAUAUGAUAGUUUUUAAUUAUUUCAAUUUAUUUUGAUUAUUUUUAGUGAUUGUGAUAUUGGUGAUACUUUAAGGUUCUAAUUUAAAAUUUUCAAGUCUUAUUUAAAACUAAAAUGUGUUAUGUACACUGAUGUGUCUUAUUAAUUUUAGUGUUGGCUAUACUUUGUAAUAAAUAGUAUUAUUAUAUUACAGUAUGUUUUAGCAAUUUUUCGAAAAACACUGAGUGAUCAACUUUACUCUCUUGCACUCUUUUCAAAUGUGUGUCGGCUACAGCGUGUUAUAUUUGUCUUUUUAAAUGGAUUUACUCAAUAAUUUCCUGCAUUAAUUUUAAAAGUCAAAAUAAUUACAGGUUGAGUAUUUCUUAAUAUAAAGCUUUUGUCGUAUUAACCUUAUCUAUGCAGUGCUUAUUUCAAAAUAUUAUUCUAGUCGUAUUGCAGGCUCUUGAAUUUAUUUUUUUGGUUUAUCUCCUAGCAUUUCAGUUACAAUAUUUUUUUGUGCUUAUUUUGACAAUUGAAGUUAAAUUAUAUACAGGGAAUCUCAA